CCUUCGACCAGUGAGACACACACACCUAAUCCACCUCACUGUCUCCUCACUGAGGAAAACAGGAAGCAUUCCUUUUUUUUUGGUUUGUUUUGUGUCUUGUCCUCGAAGCUCAAAACACUUUUGCUUUUCGGAGGAUUUUCAGGAGCGGGCUUGCCAGGACACGGUGUCAAGUAUUAGCUGACCUGCGUGACCAGAAUCCUCAUGGAGAGACGCAUGGAUCAGCUCAUACAAGAUCAUCUUUGAACCCCAAGAAUUUCAAGAUACCGAUCAACUUGAAAUCUUGGAAAGCACUUGAAAGCGAGACAGCACAUUCCCACAGCAAAAGAGGACGGUUUGACGCUGGAACUGAACAGGCAUCCAUGAAUGAGUGCUGUGUUUAUACACCACAUCUCACACAUAAGGGAAUUCAAUGAGCUGAUCCAACCAUUGAGAGAUGAUGAACCGCUACACCACCCUGAAGCAGCUGGGUGACGGCACCUAUGGCAGUGUGCUGAUGGGGAGAAGUAACGAGUCCGGAGAGCUGGUGGCUAUUAAGAGGAUGAAGAGGAAGUUUUACUCCUGGGAAGAAUGCAUGAACUUGAGAGAGGUGAAGUCGCUGAAGAAGCUGAACCAUGCGAAUGUGGUGAAGCUGAAGGAGGUGAUCAGGGAGAACGAUCACCUCUACUUUGUCUUUGAGUACAUGAAGGAAAACCUUUACCAGCUAAUGAAGGACAGGGAGAAUAAGAUGUUCACAGAGAAUGAAAUUAGGAACAUCAUGUUUCAAGUGCUGUCUGGGUUGGCUUUUGUACACAAACAUGGUUUCUUCCAUCGGGACAUGAAGCCAGAGAAUCUGCUGUGCAUGGGUCCAGAGCUGGUCAAAAUAGCAGACUUUGGACUGGCCAGGGAGAUCCGCUCCAGACCUCCCUACACAGACUACGUGUCAACCAGAUGGUACCGUGCUCCAGAAGUCCUGCUCAGAUCGUCUACCUACAACUCUCCGAUUGAUCUGUGGGCUGUGGGCUGCAUCAUGGCCGAACUCUACACACUCAGACCUCUCUUCCCUGGGAACAGCGAAGUGGAUGAGAUCUUUAAGAUCUGCCAGGUCCUAGGAACUGUAAAGAAGUCGGAUUGGCCAGAAGGCUACCAGUUGGCUUCAGCAAUGAACUUUCGCUUCCCGCAAUGUGUGCCCACCCAUCUGAAGACCCUUAUCCCUAAUGCCAGCAAUGAGGCUAUUGCCCUGAUGAAGGACCUGCUGCAGUGGGACCCCAAAAAAAGACCGACCGCUGUGCAGGCUCUGCGGUACCCAUAUUUCCAGGUCGGCCAGAUCUUAGGGCCUCGGCCUCAGAGCCAGGAGGUCAGGAAGGUCCAGACCAGGCUGCCAGUCCAGAAACAGACCUCCGAGGCCAAGACAGAUCCCCAGCAGUCUUCAUCUGAGUCCAAAGCCUCCACCUCUUCCUCCAGACCCCAGCAGCAGCAGCAGCCACAGCAGCAGCAGCAGCAGCCCCUUAAGCAGAUCCCCUUGCCCCAAGAUGACAGUAAAGUAGGGCGUCACACCUUUGUGAGGGCAACGUCACUGGGCAGUGAGAAUGGCGUUGGCGGUGGUGGGAUGGGGGUUCUGAAGAGCGGCCGUCGUCGCUGGGGCCAGACGGUGGCCAAGACCUCAGACAGCUGGGAGGAAUGCGACCCCUCGGAAACCGCCGCCUCCCACUCCAAGAAACCCAGCCUGGGGAACGCAGAGGAGGAGAGGAGCCAUAAGGACCACCGCCCACAAUCCAAAGAGCAGAAACCACUGUAUUCCUUCACGACCGUUACAAAGCUGCCCAGUAAUGUCAAAAUCAGCCAAAUGGACUCAAGUCUCCCAGGAUCUGCUGCACGGCAACACUAUCUCAGCCAGUCACGAUAUCUGCCUGGCUUGAUCGCCAAGAACCAGCCUCCUUCAGUGGAUAAGGAGUUGACACUACGAGACCUGUGGGACAACUCCUCAACCACCAUAAACAAACCUCUCGCUCCUAUUGGAGGAGGAUUACCUCUCACCAGAGCAAACCCAGAAGAGAGUGACUCUAAAGCUAUGGAUAACCCAUCAGAGAAAACUAUUGUUAAAGAGAGAAUACUGGAGAAAAUUGAUCCCUCCAAAGGGAACUUUGUGAGCGCCAAGUACAACCUCUCCAGUGGCUACAUCCCUUCUUUCCAAAAGAAAGAGGUGGGGUCAGUGGGGCAGAGGAUCCAGCUUGCCCCUUUGGCCGGCCAGCACACAAUCAAUCUUUCCUCUUCUCCUGAUAAUAAAAAAGCAAAAGCAAAAUCUGCAAAGCCCAAGCCUAUAUCCAACUCAUCUUUGAAUGAAAAUAAUGAAGAUUAUGAGGGGUGGAAGAGGAGGGCAGACAGGACUCAGAUAAAGGGGAGCAACUACUCCGCUCUGGGGAAAUCCUCUGGGAAUCUGCUGACCCGAGCUCCAGCUAUUCAGCCCAUUCAUGGCAGGGUGGACUGGGCCUCCAAAUAUGGUGGCAAUCGGUAGUCCAGGGAGGAAAACUGUCAGAACGUCGCUGCCUAACUAUCUUGGGAGAAGGAAGGCCCUCCUAAGUGAGAGGAACUCAGAUCUGGAGAUUGUGUGAGCUUAGUUUCUUGUACACAUUACUUCAAGAAACAUGCAAAGCAAAAGCAGAAGGUUCUGUCAUGUUCAAAACUCAAAGGCGGUUCACAGACAAAAAGAUGGUCAGAAACGAUGACCACUUCUUCACGUGUCCAGGUUAACAUAGCCUUAGCUUCUUGUUCAUCAAAUGUACUGUGUAUGGUAGGGGUGACAGAGAUUCAGUUUAAUUUAUGAUUCACUACCUGGCAAUUUGAUUUAACAAUUUUUCUUUUUUGGAAUGAUUCAAAUUGAUUCAAAUUUGUAAAGCAAGAUUUCAGUGAACAUUUCAGUUUAGUACUUCUGGCCAAAUUCUAUACCCUUUAAAAACAAACAGAUACAGUAAUGAAAUGCUAUAUUUUUUCCUCUGAAAUGUGAAACAUAUCCAAACAAAAAUAUUUAAAAAAUAUAUUUGAAUCAUCAAUAAUUUGAUUCAAAGCAUUUCAUAUCAACUUAUUUCUUUUAGCAGACUGAUGCAGUUGAGUCAGUAUUUAUAAUCAAUCCAUCGGUGCAAUAAAUGAAUUGUUACACCCUUAGUAAAUGGAAAAUGUAAUCCUAAAAUCAUGACGCUAAAACAUUUUCAGUGUAAGUAUGGAUGCAAGUGGAUGUAGUUUUGUGUAAGAUAAUCUGGCACAUGGCUUGCUGUUCAACAUGCUGGAGAGAACGUAUUAGAAAGUAUGCAUUCCCUAAUUGUACUUGGAAACAAGGAUGCAAAGUAAUGAACGCAUCACACUUUACCAGUGUAUGGAUGCCUGUGUGUGUUUGUGUCUGUAAAGCACUAGCACCUAUAAUGAAAAUCAUGUUUUGGGAAAGAUUUUAAUGGCACUUCUGACACAUGCUAUUUGAGGUUGAGUGAGAGACUUUUUUUCAUGACUGAAAUGACAAAAAGAUAAUUUUUUUUCUGUGAGCAAAUCCAGCAGAUGCAGAAUGUGCUGUACGCGUGAAUGCAAUCUCUACCAUUUGAAGAUGGUUGACAUGAUGCCGAAUCUAGAUUGACACACUGUGACAAUCCCACUGUAUUCUUGAAGGCAAACCUCCGAGAAUCCUGUGUGAGCCAAUGC